AUGAGUGGAAUAUCAAAAUUACUUAAUGAUAUCAUUAAAACUAGCAUAGUAAUUUAAUAAUUUACAAUGAAACUACCCAACUUAAUUUAAAUAAUUUUUGGAUUACUUGCUUAACUUUAGAUGAUAAGUUAUUUAGAAUAACCUUGUUUUUCAACUUAAAAAUCUUUUACCAUAAUUUUACAUUUUACAAGACCUCACAUAUAUAUUUAUACUUUAGGAAAUUAUGAAAUUUACUUUAUAGCUUUAUUUAUUUUAAUUCAAAUAGUAAUUAUAAUAUGGGUAUAUUAUUGCAUUGCUUUUAACACAUCAGAAUAGAAAAAUAUAAUCAAUGAAAUAUCAUUUGGUCAAAUGAACUCUAAUAAAACUCAAAUAAUUAUUUCAAUCAUUUCAUUCUUUUUAUUUCUCAAUAAAGCCUAUUUAGGCCAUAAUAUAAUCGAAUUUUGUAUGUUGCUACUUACUUAGAAAGAAUAGAGUUCAGUUAUAUUAAUUAUAAUUAGCAUUCUACUAAUUCUUUAAAUAAGUAUCAUAUUAUUUAUAUAGUGGUAAUUCUUAAAUAGAAGCAUUAAAUUUAUACCAAAAUUAUAGUAUUUAACUAUCAACCAAUCAUAUACAAACAUAAUAAAUUUAUACUUAAAAUUACUUUAAUUAAUAAAUUAUGCUUUCUUAGAGAAUACCGAAGCUGCUAAAAUUGCUUAAGCAAUAUUAAUUAUCAUAAAUUUUAUGCAUAAAUUUUGGUAAAUCAGAUUUAACAAUAUUUAUAUGAGAAAUUCAUAUUUAUUUGUAAUAAUUAUAAUAGGUAGUCUUGGAUCAUUAAUGGCAUUUUUAUAAUUAUUGGAGUGUAUUUUUACUCAAUUUACAAUUAGAUUAUGGAUUCCAUUAGCUCCAAUUAGUCUAUUUAUUAUAAAAAAUCUAUUAGAUAGAAAUCUUCAUGAAAUGAUUAUUAAUAAAAAUUUUGAUGAAUUGAAAAUUAGUGAAUUGUAAUACGUUUCAUGUAUUAUUUAUAAUGGAAUAGAUACUAAAAAUUUCUACAAUUAAAUCUUUCUUUUUUAAUAUAUUUAAAAUUUUUAUUAGAAAAAUGAGAUUUCUUUUUCAUAUGAGUAGUUGUUAUCUCAAAAAUUUUAUGAUAUGAUUAGAUUGCAUAUGCUAUAGUAAGUAUUGAAAUAGUUAGAAAAACUAUCAGAUAAAAUUAGAAAUCCUUUUUAUUUAGUUUAAAUUUACAUUAAUUAUGUUUAAACAUUAAUUAUUCUUGAUAAAUAUGUUGACGCAUAACAUAUUAUUGAGUAGUUAUUUAGAUAUAAAAGCAAUAUUGCUUCAUUUAUGACUUCAAGGACAUGUAAAUUAACAAUAAGAGUUGAACUUAGCAAAUCAUAAUAAACAUUUUUAAAAAUAUUAGAAUAUAAAAUAAUAUCAAUGAUGUAAACUAAAAUGAUACAGUAAAUAUCUAAAUCAAAGUCGAAUUAAUAAACUAUUUCUAUGGCAAUGCGAUAAUUAUGUAUUAUAAAUUCAAAUACUCUUGAUGUAUAAUCAAUGUUUAUCAAUGUCUUAAAUUUAAAGAUAGAAUUUUUUAAAAUUAUAAUAAACGACAAAUUUCAGUCGAGUUAAUUUAAUUGUAAGGUACAAAAGAUUCUAAGUGAAAUAAAUAAUUUUCUUAGUAAAUUGAAACAAAAUUAUGAACUGUUUCCAAGUAUAUAUAAUAUAUACCUAUAUAGCAAUAUCAAAUUAGAGUGUUUUAAUAAUAUAUUAAGUUGAAAUUUUGAAUAAUAUUUUAGAUGCAUAUAAUUUAAGUUAGACAAUAGCAUUAGAUGAAGAUAUAAUAUUAAAACAUAAUUAAUCUGAAUUAUUCAAUUUUUUUAAUUAAAGUUUUAAUUAUAUCUUAUUUAAGAUAAUAGAUGUAUAGAAUAUUAUAAUUGAAUAUCAUUCAAUAACAUAGGGUUAAAAUUUUUAAAUUAAAGAAGGUGAUUAAUUAUAAUCUUUAAUACCAGUGUCACUCAUAAAAUAGCAUUAAAUUUUAGUUGAAAACUUUUUGGAAACAGGAUAAAAUAGAUUUUUUUAAUAAAUUGAUGAAACUUACAUUAAGAUUCGAUAAGGCAUUAUAUAACCAAUAGAUAUUUGUAUGGAUUUGAAUCAUAAGAAUUCAUAAAAUAUUGAGAUUACAACAGUGUAUAGAUUACCUUAAAGUGAUAAACAUAUGAUAUUUGUAGAUUCUAAUUUUCGACUUUAAGAAAUUAGUCAUAAUUUGUUUUAUAGUGGUUUAAAUUUAUCUGAAAACUAUUUAGAUCAUAUUAUUGGUAUUCAUAUUAAUAAAGUAAUACCUUAAUUUAAGAAAUAUAUAGAUGAUAACAAUUAUGAUAUCAAGAUCUGUCCAAUUAAUUUUAUAAAUUGUUAAGAAGAAACUGAUUAAAAAGGAAAAAUAAAAACUUAUAAUUGUCUUGAUGAAAUUGAAAAUAUUUCAUUAUACUCAUGUCAUUUAUUGAUUUAAAAAAGAUAUUUUUAAGAAAAUUAAUAUAUUUUUGUAUUAAGAAUAGAUAAUCUAAAAUUAGAUAAAGUUAAUUCAUGUACACAAUUUAGAUUCUUGUAAACUUCUGAACCUAUUUAAGAUAUUGAUGAAUAAAUAGAAAUCAAUUUACCUGAUCCAGAGGAAGAAUUUUAAAAAUAAUAAAUGGUAUUGAAUACUGAACGUUAAGAAGAAUUAUAAAUAGAUUUAUUAUAAGACAAUAAUGAUUUCUAAUUUAUUCCAGAGAGAAAGUAAACUGAAACUUCCUUUCCUCGGUUUAGCAAUAAAAUCAACAGAAAAUUGGAAGAUUUUACAAAUCUAUCGAGCAUUGCUAAAAUAAAGAGAUCACCUUACUAUUAAAAAUUUAAAUAAGUUUCCUUUAUCCUGAAUUCCAAGAAUCAAUCCAAGAAUUGGAUAGCAUUUAAUAUUCUUUAUUUAAUUUAUAUUCUCGUAAUAAUAAUUUCUUCAAUAACUAUCUUAAAUCAAACCUAUUAUUUUAAAAAAUUGAUAUCUCAUUUAGAUUUACUUUCCAUCAAGAAUGAAGUUUAUUAACCAAUUAACUCUUUUUUAGUCACAAGGUACACAAUUGUAACUUAUAAUUAAUUACUCAACCUAUAAGCAAUAGAUGAAAUAGAACAUAUAAAAUUAACUUAAUUUCCAAAAUCAAAUUUAUUAUCAGGAUAUGACCUUUUAAAAAAGAGUAUUACUAAAGUAUUAUAUAUACCUGAAUUUUAACCAUUUUUAGAAGAGAAUUAUUUAACACUAUCUUUAUAUGUAAAAAAUAACACUGGAGUAAAUUAUAAUUUAAGCUUUCGAGAAUCAAUACAUUUGCUUUUAAAUUAUUAAUAUGAAUAUAAAUUGGCAUAUACUGUUAAACCAUUACAAACAGAUGGACCUUAUUCUUAUUACUCUUACAAGAAUUUUCUAACAUUAUAUAAAAAGUUUGUGGAUCUUGAAUAAUAUACUUUAGAAUAAACAUUAGUUUAUUCAAAUGAAUAGAUAAAUAUCAUUAGACUUUAUGUUAUAUUAUUUGGAGUUAUCUCAUUUGUUUUGAUUAUGAUAAAAAUAUACAAUUUAAAGUAAAUUCGAAAUAACAAAAAUAAAAUUUUGACUACAUUAAAAAAUCAAGAUUUACAUCAGGUUGAAUUAGAAAUACUAAGAUUGAAAUAGAUAACUUUGAAAAUGUAAAAUAAUAGAUAAAUAAUCUAUGGAUAUUCUAUAGAUUUAGAUAAUAUUGACAAAUCAUUAAAAAAAAAAUAAUCGAAUUUUAAAUAGCAUUAAAUAAACAAUAAAAAAUAGAUGAAUUUAAAUAUAUUUAGAUAAUCAUUUAUUAUUCUAUUGCAUUAUUUACUUUAUUUUUCAUUAAGUUUAAGCUUUUAUUUGGUUACAUAUAACGAGAUAACAUAUUAUUAGAAUGUAGCAAAAUUUUAUUAAAAAAUUUCAGAUGCUAGUGUAAAUGUUUUGGUAUUGUAUGCUUGGAAAGAAGCUUUAUAUUUUAAAGCUACAUUUACAUUUUUUACAUCUUCUGAAAUUAAAGAUCUAUAUUUACAUGUGGAAGAGAACUUAGAUGCUUUAAAAGAGUUUAAUUAAAAUUUACUUGAAUUAGAUAAGAUUUAUGAAAUAUUUGGAUCAUCUAAUAAAAUAGUAGAAUAAAUAACUUAAAUUUCAGUUUGUGAUAAUUUAAGCGAAGUAUUAAAAAUUAAAAAUAUUAUUCUAGGAUUAGAAGAAUAAAGCCUAUUAGAUUUGUGAUAAGGUAAUGUAGGGAGUAUUAAAAGGAGGACUUUUAAAUGCAUUAAAUUAUGUGAUCAAUAGUAUUUCUAAUGAAUAUGCAUUAAGUCAUUUUGAUGUUAGAUAAACAUUAGAAAAAUUAGAAUUAGAAGGGUCAACUCUAUUAUCAGAUGUUCUGUCUAAAUUUUCUGAAAUAAUAAAAGAAGAACUUUAAUUCUAAACAAAUGAAUUACAAUAUGUUGUCUAUGUAAAUAAAUAUAAUAAGAUUUAGAUUAUUGUUUCAUUAUAUUUACUAUUUGAAAUUGGAAGUGUAUAUUGUUUAAGAUUGAUAUCAAAAUCAGAAUUAAAUAAAAUGAUUCUUUUAUAAAAGUUCAUAUAUUUAAUUCCAUAAGGGACAUUAUAUUUUGAUGAAUAGUUUUAGAGAGAAAUCAAAAGAUUAAUGUUAAAUGGUUAAAUAAUUUGA